GCAGUGUAGCUGUCGCAGUUAAAUGUGGUUAUUCAUUGUCAUUUGUUUGAUUUAACUGUGGAAAUAUUUAAUUUAAUUUCUUUGUUGAUUUGACGCCACCUGCUGGCUGGAUUGAAAUUUGACACUGGAAGGUGCGCGCGAGCGGAGCGAAUGAUUAACUGACACAAGCACGGAGAAGCGACCAGAAGAAGCUCACAUCGGAUAAAGAAAAGUGGACAUGGACUGAAAUUGCUUGUGAAUAUUAAGUGGAGAGGCGCACACGUUUUUCACGGUGUUUGCUGGUAACAAGAAGAUAAAGAACCAGUUGAACAUCAGUUGGAGCAUGGCGUUUUAUUCCACAAAAAACAAAAUAUCCUUCAUGAGCAGUUACAGUGAAAAACGUGUCCUGUUAAGAAGUACGCAGCCAGAGCCCUGCAUGCCAUGCUUUGAAGACGGCAGUCCACAGUCUGCGGCCCAAUCCGCAUGAAAUAAAGAGGGCCGAUACGACGUUUUGGGAAUUGAGCAGUUUUGCAGAGCCUUUCAACAUCAUACGAAACCAGGUCAGACUGUAUCUAUGAGUUAAAAAAAAAACGGACAUUAACGGUGUAUGCUACAGAUAUUGAAAGUUGUUUAAAAACGGACAUUAACGGUGUAUGCUACAGAUAUUGAAAGUUGUUUAAAAACGGACAUUAACGGUGUAUGCUACAGAUAUUAUUGAAAGUUUGUUAAAAAGAAAAAAGGUUUGUUACUAUUUUACAGUUUGAAAUUUGAAGUAGUGUUCUCAUGUUAAGUUUUCUUUCAUUGUUCUUAGCUGUUGGUUUAAAAUAUUGUUCACAAUGGAGCAGGGUGUACAAGAAACUCGUGUUUUAGAGGAAGUACUUGUAGCUUUAGAAUUUGAAAAGUUACAUUUAGAAAAGAAAUUAGAAACUGAAGUUGAAGAUGCAGAAAGAGAGGAAGUUGAAAUACGCUUAGGUGAAAUUUAUGCAGACCUUGAAAUACAUAAAAUAGGUUUGACUCAGCCAUCAUCCCAACCUGAGACAGAAGUGAGACGCUCAGAGCGUCAAAGAAAACUAACAGAAAAAAUGCGUGACUUUAAACAGUCUGAGAUAACAAGUAAAGAAAGAAAGUUUAUGUCAACAUAUGUAAACUUUAAAGCAGAGAUUCAACUCUCUAGGUCCAAACUUAAAAAGGAAUGUUCAAAAGCAGAGUUAACUGAAAUGAUCAAAUCAGUAGGAAAAUGUGAAUCUGACCUACAGCAAGAUUAUGUAGCUUUACGUACACUGACUACUCCAUCUCAAGAUUUCAGAAGAAAGAUGGAUAGCUGUUCUUCAGUUUCCACUGAAAUGAUGUUGCUUCUGAAAAGGCGCUAUGCAGAUGUUGAUAAGGAGUUUGAUGCAAUUGCUGUAAAAGACUCACUCCUUCAGUUGCUUCAGAGAGAAGAUGCUAAGUCAAUGUAUGGCUCAACUGUGUCUAGGGCUGAAAAAAGUAGCCAGAACAGUUAUAGUAAGCAAGGAAGUCAUGGUAUCUGCAAAGAAAGCAGAGGCAGCUGCACGGUUGGCAUCUAAACGAGCUGAAAUAAGCAGGGAAAAGGAAAUUUCUGCCCAAAGAAAGGAGAUAUUAGCUCAACAAGAGAGAUUAAAAUUGUUGGAAAAGCAAAGAGAUCUUGAGGUUAUUGAGGCUGAAUACAAUGUGUAUGCUGAAGAGGAAUCAAAAUUGAAUGCUGAAAUAAGAAACAGUGAAGUAAAAGGUACUUUGUCUUUUAGUCAGCUUCCCAAACCUCUUAACAGUCCUCCAUACACCCAAGCUAUCCAGAGUACGGCACCUCCUAACUUUGAAGGUAUAACCAACAAGAUCCCAAAAUAUCUUCCAGUGCCCAAGUGUGAUACUAGAGUAGCGUCAAAAGAAAGUGAGUUAUCUCUAGUUCAAGCUUUAAAGGAGUCUUUAGCAAUGACUAGACUUCCAAUACCAGAGCCAUUUACCUUUACAGGAGACCCACUGAAGUUUACUGAGUGGAGCACUUGCUUCAAGGCUCUUAUUGAGACUAGUUGCACAAAUUCAGCCCAUAAACUUUUCUACUUGAAGAAAUACAUUAAUGGAGAAGCUCUUGGUGUUUUAGAAGGGACAUUCUAUCGCAGUGAUGAGGAAGCUUACAACCAAGCUUGGGAUGCUCUGAACAACCGUUAUGGCCACCCAUUUGUAGUUCAAAGAGCUUUUCGGGGAAAGCUAAGCAGUUGGCCAAAGAUCGGACCAAAAGAGUCACUAAAGCUGAGAGAGUUUAGUGAUUUCCUUGUUUCCUGUAAGAAUGCUAUGCCCCAUGUUCAGGGCCUCAAAGUGUUGGAUGAUUGUGAGGAGAAUCAAAAAUUAUUACUGAAACUUCCUGAUUGGGCAACAACCCGCUGGAACCGUCAUGUGUCAAAACUGUUAGAUGAAGGAAAGGAAUAUCCAGGUUUCACAGAGUUUGCUGACUUUGUGGCAGAAGAAGCACGAAUAGCAUGCAAUCCAGUUUCUUCUUUGUUUGCUUAA